CUCCCGCUCGCAAGGAUCAAAAAAGUGAUGAAGAGUGACGAAGCGGUGAAGAUGAUCAGCACAGAGGCGCCGAUGCUCCUGGCGCGAGCGUGUGAAAUCUUCAUUGCAGAUCUCACGUCCCGUGCGUACACGGUCGCAGAGGAGUCUCGGCGCAAGAUGAUCACCAAGCAGGACGUUAUGGCCGCGACGACGCAAACCGAUAUGUUCGACUUUCUUCUCGACAUA